AGCAGUCCUUCACCGCUAAGCUUUCCAUUGACUCUCUCUCACUCUCCCUGUCUUCUUUAUAAAGCCGUACAAGUUUCAUCAUCGUCAAAUCACUUCCAUGGCUAACCACCACCAACACCAACCAACCACUGACCCCCAUCAACGAUGCGAACCCGAAAGCCCCAUGAGUUUAUUACCAGAAGACUGCAUCGCCGCCAUUAUCUCCUUCACCACCCCUCGUGACGCCUGCCGCUUGUCCUUGGUUUCUUCCAUUUUCAAGUCAGCCGCAGAAUCCGACAUCGUCUGGGAGUGCUUUUUGCCCCACGACUACAAGUCUAUCAUUUCUUACUCUUCUUCUCCGCCUUAUCUACUGUCUUUGCCUUCCAAGAAGGAGCUUUUUCUCAGUCUCUGUGACCACAUGAUUAUGAUUGAUGAUGGGCAAACGGUCUUUUACAUGCGCAAGCAGAGUGGGAAGAAAUAUUAUGUGCCAAGAUUCUUUCACAGUAGACAUCAUCCCAUUUGGCUUAUGGAAAGAGAUUGAGUAAAGAGCAGUUGUUUUGGGGUUUUUCUAGAAUUUGAAAACGGAGAACACCUUCAUUUAUCCUUAUUUUGGUGCAACUGAUGGCCAGCUUGGAGAAGUUAGAGAUUUAGUGAGAUAUUUGAAUUAGAGUAUAGGAGAGGGAUGGCCCCAGAUUUUGAAAUAUGAAAACUGAUUGAGGUUUAUGGGAAACUGUUGGUAUGAUUGCUCUUUAACAUGAAUGUAAACUUGAAUUAUGAAUCA